CAAUAUUCAGAGAGUGUCCUCUAGAGAUUUUGCUUCAGCUGACAGAUCACAUUUCUUAAAACAUGAGUCAGUCUCCAUCCUACCAGAGAGACGGUGCCUCUGCAUCUCCUGAGAGUCCUAAAGAAGGUGACUUCUCCCCUCGACAGCUUUGUGACAACCUGAAGAGCCUGGAGGAGCACGAGACAUGUGACGACCAGAAAGAUCCCAUUGUUAACAUCAUAACCGACAACCGCUCCAGCUCUCCUUUGAAUGUUCAAAUCUGCGCUCCGCUAGCGGCAAAUGACCUUGGAAAGCUAUGUGCUGGCACGCUUCCACAAGAACAACCGAUUGAGAAAAGCCAUUCGAGAGAACCUGGAUGCUCUAGCGAAUCGCCUCUAAAAGAGAAACCUCCGGUCUCACCAGAGUUCAUGGAGGUAGUCGCGCUGGAUGGAAGAUUCAUUACUUUGGUGGGCACUCAUGCCCAGACAGAUUGGAGGUGGGUGGAGCAGAGCCUCUCUCUCAGCUGUCAAGUUCAAAAGGAAAUUGAAGUUCCCCAGUUGUUGCAGGCAGAGGUGGAAAGCACGGACACUGUCGCUGAUUCUUCAGAGAUUUCACAGACCAGAGGAAAACAAGCCGUCAGAGCUGCCGUCCAUCCUCCGUCGGCCAUCCAGCUUCCGUCUACGGAAGAACAAGAGCCUGAUGUACAUUGUGUGGGUCCGCCUCGUCUCCUAGCAUACAAGCCAGAGCAAAAACAAAGUUCUCAUGUUGAAAAGGUUCCAGAGGUGGAAUAUAAACAGGAUGUGCUUCUUGCUCAGUGCGAGUUUUGCCAGCAGCUCUUCAUAUACAACGAACUGUUGGAAAAUGAAGCAGGCUUUGAGGGGCUCUUUUGUUGCGAGAAAGCUAAACAAUUGCGAGAUCUUUUAAUGGGAGUGAGAGAAAAAUUGUCACGGAAGAUGUCAUAUAAGAAGAGUGAUGUGAACCUGCAUGCCCCCAUCAUGAGUGAGGAGGAGAGGGGAGCUAUUAACGAUCAGGCAAAGGAGAGGAUGAGACUUUUGCAACUCCGGAGAAGAACUAAAAGACACUUGAAUAUAGACUUAAGCCAUAUUAUGAUCAAGAAUAGAAUCUCCUACAGGCUGUCAAAAGACGUUCCCUACAACUAUGAUGAGCCGCCUUUCCCUCAGAUGGAUAUCAAAAGUACUACGAACUUGUUUACACUGCAAGACGAAACAGAUGGCGAGCCAAAGAUCAAGGAAGUUAUUAUGAAGUUCUACAAAGAUGGGCAAUGUUUUCUCACCUUAUGCCCAGAUGGAACAGGUAAUGUUUUUUAUCCUUCUGGGAAAACAGCCAUUACAAUAUCCUCUGAAGGAGCUGCUGACUUCACUUACAUAAUCCUGGAGGACAAGGACGUAGAGCCCAGCAUCAAAGGCAUAUUCACAAAUAAAGGCCACGCCACAUGCUAUCAUCCCAAUGGAACGAUGCGGUUGAAUCUGACCCCUGUUGGAGGUCUCUGCUUCAGCGAGACAGGAGCUUUGAGGAGGCGCUGGAAUUGGUGGUAUUGUGACCCGCAUGUACAUAACCUUCCCUUCAAGCCUCUGACCUUUGCCCUGGGACCGCACAUCGGUGUGCGCAUACACACACAAGAACGCAUGUACAUCAGCUUUGCACAUCAGCAAAACAGCGUGCGCUUCAAUGUGGGGUCAAAGCUUAAGUUCAUUUAUCCAGAGAGAUAUGUCAAGCCGGGGAAAGGCGUUCUGGAGAGAGAUAUCCAAGAGAAGAGCUCAGAGAUUUACUCUCUGCUUGGCCAGAUGCAGACCUGCAUGUCCCACCCCGCUGCAAGCCCGAGCAACAUUAAGCCACAUUACCGUUUCAUUGCCCAGAGGGAGCGGCUUAACAGACAAAUGGAAAAGGAGAAGUCACCCGAAAAGAUAAAGGCCCAUGUAAAUUAAGAGAGAAAUACAGAAUUGGCAAAAGCUGAUAUCAUUUAUGGCUGUGUUACAGUUUACAGCCUUAUAUUAUUUAAGACCUCUUGAGUAUCUGCUGGUGCUCAUAGUCGUUCACGGUUGCAUUCAGACCGUAAAGCUUGAGUUUUAUAGAGAUAGAUUUAUGGAAGAUUGGGUCAAUUGGUUUGGAGAAAAUAAAAACUCAGGGAAGAA